CCCGGGGUGAUCGGCCUUGGUCCUUUAAGGACCGAGAGUAUAUAACCCGGUUGCGGUGCCUGCAUUCAUCGCAUCGAGUCCUGGAAAGACGAAGUGGCAGUUCUCCUACGACUGAGCACGGUCUUUUUACGACUUUCGUCACGAUGGCAGCGAAGAUUCUGAUCCUGGUGAGCCUCGCCGUGGUGGGGAUGGCAAGCCCCCCGGCAGCCCGCUACCCCGCCGGUGUGAACCCGGCCGCCUGCCCCAACUAUCCUUACUGCGACCCGCUCGUGGACCCGACCUCUGGAUUUCUCCGAACCGGAUACGCUCCUCAUGCUGCUUACGUCCAUGCCGCUCCCGCUUAUCGCCAUUUCGCCCCCAUUCUCCACUCUAACCAGUACCCAGCUGGCGUGAACCCCGCCGCCUGCCCGAACUAUCCGUACUGCGACACUCACAAUCCGCUGGUGAAGGGUAAGGCCCUGCACUACCCCGUGCACGGUGCUUACGCCCUGGGCUACGAUGCCUACGCUCUGGGUCACAAUGCCUACGCCCCUGCUCACUCGCUCAGAUACCCAGCCGGAGUGGACCCCCACGCCUGCCCCAACUAUCCCUACUGUCAUUGAGUAGUUACCAAGCGGUCCGUGUCGGCUGCACCCGAUUCGUGUCUUUCAUGUCAACAUCAGAAAUAAACGAAUCUACCCAUCCCAUGAA